ACUAGUGACCAGACGUUAGUUCUUGGAAUAUUCAAACCCAGCUAGAUCAACUUGUGAAAAGAAGAAAACGAAAUUAGAAGGAGAAAAUCUGAGUACUGUAGAACGGAAGGGGCGGCUCUCUAUUGCUUCAGGCGGCAUUGAGUUUCUCCAUCAGAUUAGCAGAAUCAGAUAAAAGAUCAUAAGGAACAGUGUAUUUCUCCUGAGGCUCACAAAUUGAAAUAUCCGUGUCAUAAUGGACACAACCAUGUCACUUUUUAUGGAUAGGUUGAAACAUGCUUCUGAAUGGGUGGCGUCAACAUUUGAGGCUCCAUUUUCAGGAGCUGUUCUUUUUGGGGUGCCUGUUGGAGGACAUCUUUUUGUGGAGGGACUUCUUCUGGUGGUCAUCUUUUUCCUUCUCUCCCAGAAGAGUUAUAAACCACCCAAAAGACCACUUACAAAGAAGGAAAUAGAUGAGCUAUGCGAUGAGUGGGUCCCAGAACCUCUUAUCCCUACGAUCACAGAUGAGAUGAAACAUGAACCUCAAGUAUUGGAAAGCGCUGCAGGACCCCAUACUGUAAUUAAUGGUAAAGAAGUUGUGAACUUUGCUUCAGCAAAUUACCUUGGUUUAGUUGGACAUGAAAAGAUACUCGAAACAUGUACUACAGCACUGGAAAAGUAUGGUGUUGGGUCUUGUGGUCCUCGUGGGUUUUAUGGAACCAUUGAUGUUCACCUGGAUUGUGAGGCCAGAAUAGCGAAUUUUAUUGGAACACCUGAUUCUAUACUCUACUCUUAUGGACUUUCUACAAUGUUCAGUGCAAUUCCAGCAUUCUGCAAAAGGGGAGAUGUGAUUGUUGCGGAUGAGGGAGUUCACUGGGGAAUACAAAAUGGCCUUCAGCUAUCUAGAAGUACAAUCAUAUAUUUCAAGCACAACAAUAUGGAGUCAUUAAGGAACAGUUUGGAGAAAGUAACUCAAGAAAAUAAGCGAGCUAAGAAAGUCAGGCGCUAUAUUGUUGUGGAAGCAGUAUAUCAGAAUUCUGGCCAAAUUGCUCCAUUGGAUGAAAUAAUAAAACUUAAAGAACAAUAUAAGUUCCGUGUUUUACUUGAUGAGAGCAAUUCCUUUGGUGUACUUGGCAGUUCUGGAAGAGGUCUUACUGAACACUACAGAGUUCCGGUUGAAAAGAUCGAUAUCAUAACAGCUGCAAUGGGACAUGCAUUGGCCACUGAAGGAGGAUUUUGCACAGGCAGUAAUAGAGUCAUCGAUCACCAGCGACUCAGUAGUUCUGGUUAUGUCUUUUCUGCUUCUUUGCCUCCGUAUUUAGCAAGUGCUGCAAUCAAGGCCAUUGAUAUCAUAGAAGAAAAUCCUGCUCUCAUUACAAAACUGAGGGAAAAUAUCAAAAUACUGCUCAAAGGUCUAUCAGGUAUAAAGGGUCUAGAUUUAGUGAGUGAUCCACUUUCCCCCAUUGUAUUCCUUAAACUAAAGAAGUCCACCGGUUCUUUGAAGAGCGACCUACAAGUGCUAGAGGAUAUUGCUGAUCAUGUUUUGAAGGAAGAGUCGGUUUUUGUUGCAACUUCCAAGAGAUCGAUGCUGGAUAAAUGCAACUUGCCCGUUGGAAUUAGGUUGUUCGUCUCUGCUGGUCACUCAGAAUCUGAUGUGGUGAAAGCGAGUGAAUCUUUGAAGAGAGUUGCUGCGAAGUUGUUGACGGAUCAAUGAUCAGGGUGGUGCAGAUUAGAUCUAAGUUUAGAGUGGUUCAUCAUCAAGCCAGACGAGGAAUGGGUAAAAUCUGCAUACAUUUAUCGAAAUAUUUGAUUCACCACGAUAACAGGCUCUUGUUUUAUGGAAUUUUUACAUUUUGUGGCCGGAAGACUUUGCAUUUGAAUGAUCAAACCGUCUAUAGAUUGCAAGCCGGAGAAUUUAAUUCCCUUUGCUAUGUUUCGUCUGCAUUGUUCCUUGUGUGUGGAGGACAAAAAGGGUGUUGUUAUUAAUUGUAUAGACAGAACUUUUAUUUUCUCCUGACAGCAUUUAUUUUGUUUUUUUGGAAUGUAUUCAAAAGUAACUUUACAAUAGUUUUCAUGAAUUUGUGAUUAGCAUCUAUCUUCUCAAUUCUCAACUUCAAUUUGUCUAAGAAAGGCUAUGUUUUCAAA